UCGCUGCGACUGCAAAUUUUGGAUAACAAAUUCUUUUAGGACACGUGUACUUGCUUGAAAUUACAUCGAGUUUCAUCACAGGACGUUUAUUUAUUAUCAUAUGAUUGUCAUAGCAAUCCAUAACUAGUGAAUCGGUUUUAUAGUUACAAUUUUGUGCUCCGGUGUUCACAAUGUCUGAAUUUAAAGACUGGUAUUAUAGUGUACCCUUCUUCACAAGAUACUGGCUAUCUUUUACGAUAAUUUUAAGUUUAAUAGGUCGAUUUGGAAUAAUUAAUUAUGGCUACUUGGUGUUGGACUUUUAUCCUUUCAUCAAUCAGUUUCAGAUAUGGAGGCCACUAACAGCAUUAUUCUUCUAUCCGAUUGGACCAGGCACUGGUUUCCAUUUCCUGAUAAAUUGUUACUUCCUCUACAAUUAUUCUCAGAGAUUGGAAACGGGAAUAUUUGCAGGAAAGCCAGCUGAUUAUUUCUACAUGCUCCUAUUUAACUGGGCUUGUUGUGUUGUUAUUGGAAUUUUAGUAAAUUUGCCAAUAUUGAUGGAUCCAAUGGUGUUAUCAGUGCUUUAUGUUUGGUGUCAACUUAACAAGGAUGUUAUUGUGUCCUUCUGGUUUGGAACACGCUUCAAGGCAAUGUAUUUACCUUGGGUUCUGCUUGCAUUUAACCUUGUUUUAAGUGGAGGUGGAAUGAUGGAACUACUGGGUAUCCUGAUUGGUCAUGUGGCAUUCUUCCUUCUCUUCAAAUACCCGCAGGAGUUUGGUGGGCCAGCCUUACUAACACCUCCUGCUUUCCUGAAACAAAUAUUCCCUGAUACGCGAUAUGUCGGCGGCUUCGGUACCGCGCCUCAGGCUAGGGUGGCGGAGCGCCCGGCUGGUGGCACAGUAUUCGGACGUCAUAACUGGGGCAGAGGUCAAACGUUAGGAGGGAACUGAUUGAGUACAAAAUUUUAUUUUAGUGAAAGUGCAUAUGACUAUUUUAAUUGGAUUGUGUAUGUUUUGAUUCAUCUUCUUACAAUGUUGGUAAUGA